AACACAAUUUACCUAAUUCCCAGUGCACUAGCUAUAAAGUGUCAAUUUAGUAUCAGAUGCACGUAGCUACUGCCGCCAUGAAGAUUCUUGUGUUAGCUCUCCUAGUUCAGAUAGCCACAGCUGUGCCCCUCUCUCCCGCUGGUCGCUAUGGAGACUCGCUAAGAGGCCCCGCCCAACCGUGUGACAAGGCUCACUGCAACCUGCCAACCUGUCGCUGUGCUGGUACUGACAUACCAGGAGGUCUGUCUCCGGACAAAACACCGCAAAUUGUCAUGUUCAGUUUUGACGACAGUUUGAGGGUCCAAGAUUUCGAUACGUAUUAUUCGAAGGCUUUUCCCAAUCGAAAAAAUCCAAAUGGAUGCGAGAUAGGCCUCACCUUCUUCGUGUCUGGCAACGACACCGACUAUUCUCUUGUGGAGGACUUGUACUACAGCCACAACUACGAGAUGGCGGACCACAGCGUGGAUCAUCGAGAGCCCACCACCUGGUGGGAGAACGCUUCAAAGGAUGAAUAUACUCAUGAGAUUAUGGACCAGAAGUCGAUUUUGGAGAAGUGGGGGAAUGUGCCAGCAGAUUCGAUUCGAGGAUUUCGAGGUCCCUUUCUUGUGACUAGUGAAACUGAGAUAAGUGUAUUGCACGAUAACAAGUUUACAUACGAAGCAACGAUGGGCACUCAGACCAACUAUUGGCCGUUCACGCUCGAUUACAAAUCACCCAUCUGUGACUCUCCAUCAACGUGCCCUAACAACUCGUACCCAGGCCUCUGGCUAGUACCGAACAUCAACUACAAGCAGUCCAAUGGAUAUCCCUGCUCUAUGAUCGAUGCGUGCACAGCGCCUCAGAGUGAAAAGGAAUGGCUGGACUUUUUCAUGGAGAAUUUCAACCUCCAUUACAACGAUAAUCGAUCACCUUUCGGUAUUUAUGCUCACUCGGCGUGGUUUUACUAUGGUCCGCAAAGACUUGCUGCAUUGUCGGCAUUUUUGGACAAGCUAGCCACCAUGAAAGACGUUUACAUAGUGACACACUCGCAAAUGUUGGACUGGGUGCAAAACCCCACCCCCUUGGACAAAAUCGGAGAUUUUGCCCCCUGGAAAUGCCCCCCUCGUCCAAAGCCACGUUGUAGCUAUAAGAGCCCCUCUUGUCAGAAAGAGUACGGAGAUUUCUCGAUGAGAACCUGCACCACCCCCUGUCCCCCACGCUACCCUCAUUAUGGAGACCCCGAUGGCAACUGACUGUUGUACACUGCAAUAGAUACUGUGUAGAGUAUUAUAAGUUUGUUGAGUUGAAUGAGAUAUUUUUUGUUGAGCCUGGAUGCACUCUUACAACUGUAGUUAAUGUCAAAG